UAUUUGGUCUAUUGUGGAUAGGCCCUUCGACGAAUCCCGAUAUUUUCUCUCCUAUCGCAGCUCAGAAGGAAAGGCUAGGGUUAGGGUUUGGGAAAAGCAAAGAUGAUCGAGGUGGUUCUUAACGAUCGAUUGGGGAAGAAGGUGAGAGUGAAGUGCAACGAGGACGACACCAUCGGCGAUCUCAAGAAACUGGUGGCCGCUCAAACGGGUACGCGAUCCGACAAGAUCCGAAUCCAGAAGUGGUACAACAUCUACAAGGACCACAUCACCCUCAAGGACUACGAGAUCCACGACGGCAUGGGUCUCGAGCUCUACUACAACUGAUCUCGAUUGAUUCCCGCUCCACAAGGUUGUCAAAGAUGUCAAGCAGAAGUAAUCUCUACGAGCAAAGACCGCGAUUGCCUUUAUCUCGGAGGAAGCAAAAAAUCUGCUAGAAUAUGCUUUUACUCAGGAAGUAGACUCUGAAUAUAUAUGUCUUGGAUGUUCUGAAUGUUGAAGUUGCACAUGAGCUUGGGUACUUGACAGAUUCAUUUUGUGGCUAUUGGUUGGUUACAUUUUGUGUUGAUUGUGUACUUGGCAGAUACAUUUUGUGUUUAUUGUGUAGCUUAGAUCUGUGCAGGAGCAUAGGGCGUUGAUUUUUAGAGUGGUGUUGUAUAUUUGUUGUUUUAUGCUGUAAUUAUGUUAUUAUUGAUAAAUUUCUAUGAAAUGUUGAAGUUGAGCAGGAGCUUA